AUGUCGUAUUAUCAAGGCGACAUGAUGGGGUUCCCGACCUUCAUGCGCGGCGGGCCUCCCGUCGGCAUGUCCACGAGGCGUUUUGAUGAAUACUAUCGCUGUUACCCCGUCGUAAUGAUGAAUGGACCGGACAGAAAGAACGUCAACUAUGGUGGCAAGGUUUUCCUACCGCCGUCAGCACUGGACAAACUUACGAGACUACACAUCGCCUAUCCAAUGCUCUUCGAAUUGAUCAACGGCAACGCUGGCAAGACGACUCACGCUGGUGUUCUGGAGUUCAUCGCUGAAGAAGGAAGAAUCUACCUACCACAAUGGCUGAUGCAGACUCUCGACCUCGACCCGGGCGACCUGCUCCAGAUCAGAUCGACCGACCUUCCUCCUGGUAAAUUCAUCAAACUCCAACCCCAAUCGCCUGCCUUCCUCGAUAUCUCCGAUCCUCGAGCUGUCCUUGAGAAUGCCUUUCGAAACUUUGCUUGCUUGACCAAGGGGGACACCUUUACCUUUGAAUACAACGAUCAGACGUACGAUAUUGCCGUACUGGAGAUAAAACCGGACACAGACGCUCACGCCAUUGUGACCAUGGAGACGGAUCUGGAAGUUGACUUUGCGACACCAGUCGGGUACGUUCCACCGGAACGGACCAGUGGAGCGAGCACACCAAGAAGUGGCAUCGGGAAGCCUCGAGGGGGUUCAGUCCACUUCCAAGGAACAAUGGCACAGUCCAUCAACUACGAAAGCAUAGCGCCGGCGGCAACGUCUGCAGCUGCGGGUGCCAGGGCUGUUUCGUCCCAUUUUCUCUCCGCCGGACACAAGUUGAGUUCGAAGAAGGGUUCCAAAGCACCUACCCCGAACCCGUCGACUCCCGUGGCCGGUGCGUCGACAAACCGACCGAAACAACCACCUCCGCGAAAGACGAAUGGGCCCCAACCACUCAGACUGCCUCCCGGGAAACUGUUCUUCGGGUACGAGUUCAAACCUCUGGCAAAGAGAGACGAGAAUGGCGAGCCAGUGGUCGGUGACGAAGUAAAGCCACACUUCAAGGGUCAGGGACAAACUCUUCGGCCCAAGAAGAAGGGCGCAGGUACGGACAGCGGUACAGGCAGUGGAGUCAACAGCGAUGCUGAAGCCAAAUCCAAGGGUUCUGGCCGGGGACCGCGUUAG